AUGAUCGUUGGGGGUGUGCCUCCCACAGCGGAGGCCGACCACUACUUGAAGCCGCCGGACGGAUCUCCGCCGUUGACGCCGAUCCAGCCAAGCAAAAAGGCAAAAGCAAGUUCGAAUGGAGACUUCUCAGGGGAAGGUGGAAUGGAAAUCUCCAUUGUCACAGCAAGGGCUAAAGAAGAAGAACAUCCGGGUGUCAUAUGGAAAUGGAAAUGA